AUGAGCUCAUUAUUGGCCAUCUUACUCGUUGUUAAUUCUACCAGAGGCCAUCAUUUUCUCUUUAGUUAUCCACCAGAUCCUCAAAGGCCCUCAUUGAAUCGACAUGACAACAGCUACGCCCAGGAUUUCACUGUGGGGUCUUCCAUGGCCACAAGAAAAUCUCAAAACGACAAGGAAGAGAGCAGACGUUCGUCGACUGCUUCCAAAUGCAACAUCAAUAACAGCGAAAACAACAGCAAUAACAGCAAUCAUGUAGGGAGCAACAAUGAUAUUACGAAAAGAGACAUAUUUGCUGGUCGCGAUACCAUCUUCAAUAUCGAUGUUUCUUUCCUGGCUGAUGCGCUUGCACCUAAAUCACCCUUAUGCGAUAGAAAGUUUCAGUUAAGUAUGGAUGAUUUGACAUUUGUUGGGCAUCCUGUAAGUUUGAGCUCGCCACACCAACAACAGCAACAGCAACAGCAACAGCAACAGCAGCAGUCGAUAGACACAGAGGACCAUGAAACAGACUACAUGACAUCGCCGCUAUCACCGAGUCCUGCCUCUCAAAUGAUUUCUCCUAUCACACAAUCUACACCUUCUACGCCCUCGCAACAACCGUUGGCAUCUACAGCUUCAUACAAUAUCAGCAGCAAUAAAAAGGCUUUGCCAAAUGAUGAUACCAAUGAGGAUUCUGCUGAUGAUGACGACGAUGAUGAAAACGACGAUGAAUCAGCAUCAGAUACAUUUCCUAGCUCAACAUCUAUCCAUAUGACACUAUUUCAUGUUGUAUUCGUCAUGUCACCACCUGAUUUAGAGCUGAAUGCUCAAGUAGAGACCAUUUACAAGAAUGUGAUAUUGAGAUAUUCAUCCGCAUUACGGUACGAGCAGCUACGAUGUGGAUAUGUGCAAGAAGAGAUUGAGAAAGUGCUUGGGUUGAAAGAAGAAGCCUUCAAUAAAGGCAUUCCCUACGACCAGGUGAUGCGAGAAAUACUGAGGGAAUCAUCAUUGGCAAGAGACAUUCGACAGAUCUACACAGCUAUUUCAGCAAACACAGCAGCACAUGUCAUUAUUAACGACUUUAUUGACUUAUCUCUGCAAAUUCCAGUGAUUGGCAGGAACAGCGAAUCAUCCAUGACAGCAGACAGAGAGAGUCUCAUGUCACCCACACAGAGAGCUAAAGACAAUUAUACCGGAUCAUCCUUGAUGGACAUCUACAGCGUAGCAGGCUAUGAGUACGAUAAUUAUCCAGUACUAUGUCCAUAUCACACACUGCUUUUACUAGAGGAUCCAGAGGAAGUAUUGAAGAAUAUGCCCUUGGAUGCAAGUCCAACCUUGGUACAACUCGUACAGAUAUUGACACCCACACAGAGUUUGCAAGAGCUACAUCUGCUGCUUGAUUGCUCACUGGCACAGAUUUAUCGUUUAGCGGCGCACUUGAUCUAUUGGAGAAAGGCUAAACUGAUACACACCAUCAGUACGAGGAACAUCUAUGUGGUGUCACCGACUGCUAAACUUGACGACAUCACCAGCUUGGAAGCUGAUUUCAAAUUGCACAUACCCAACCUUAGCUUACCGGUGCUAUUGUCCAAACUAUCGCAUGCACAACAAUACCAUUUGGUGUACCAUGUCAAGGAACUGAAGAAUCAAUAUUUGGAAGCCAUUACUUACUUGAUUCGUAAGGAUUUGGUAGUGCAGUUGCACAUGUAUUUGGUCCUCUUGGUCCCACCCAACAAGAAGCACGGCAACGAAACACCUCAAUCACAAUAUGAAAGCGGCUCUCAGCUGGGCGACGGAUCUCAACAGCAGCAGCAGCAGGAAACAUCCAACGCCAUCUCGUCCAGCCCCAAUAAUACAAACGCCAACAGUGACGCUGAAUGGAACAGACUAAAGAGACUAACAUACGAGAGAGCACCAAAGGAGGUGGCAGAGUUGUUUGAAAGAUUAAAGCCUUACAUGAACGGCCAGCAUCACAUUGAAGAGAUCAUUUACCGUGAGGGCAUCUCCAGAAGACAGCUUGGUUUAGUGUUGAAGUAUUAUCGUGAAAAGAUUGUCACUGUAUACCAUUACUGA